AUGGCACUGCUCGCUCUUCUGUGGAGUAGUUGGAGCAGACUACCAUCCGCGUUGGAGGAGCAGAGACUUCGCGAGCGAGCGCGCCGCUCCCCCUCACGUUCGCUGCGCUCGCGCCACCGCGCCAUCAGCGACUCCAAACACAACAUCGCGCCACCAUCGCACACCAUCCGACCUUCGGUCCGCCCCCUAACCAGUCAACACUCCUCACGUAAACCGUAA